AUGUUCCCCUCUGUCGAUAUGAUCCGCUCCAUUCGAAAGGCGAGCGUCCUCAUCGCUGUGAUCGCAGCGAGCGCCGCUUUCUUCGCACCCUCGGUAGAGUCCACCGACGCUACCAUGUACUGGGAUUGCUGCAAGCCUAGCGGUUCAUGGCCCGGCAAGGCACCCGUGUACAACACCGUCGCCACGUGCUACAAGGACGGCAAGACCGUCGUCACCGGCGCUCACCUCAACGACGGUGGCUCCUCUGGCUGCGGUGGAGGUAACGAGUUCCAGUGCAGCUGUCAGCAGCCCUGGACCGAUGCUGUCAACCCCACUCUCGGCUAUGCUUUCACCGCCAAGACGAGCAGUAACGAGGCCGACGACGAAUGUGCUUGCUUCGUGCAGAAUUUUGCACAGACCUCCAACUCGAAGCCCGGCAAGGUCAGCACGCUCUUCUACCAGGUCAUCAACGACGGAGGUGAUGUUACCAGCGAUGGUCUUGACAUUCUGGUCCCGGGAAUGGGUGUCGGCUACAUGACGCAAGGCUGCCCUGCCCAGUGGGGCAACACGUCUGGUUGGGGCAAGCAGUACGGUGGACUCGAUCAGAACCGUCAGGGCUGCUUCAACCUGCCUAAGGACCUCCAGCGUGGCUGCCUGUGGCGAAUGGACGAGUGGGGUAACUCGGUCACUUUCUCGGGCACGGCACAGCGUGUCAGGUGCUCAAAGGCUCACAUCGACCGCACUGGUUGCCAGAGGAAGGACGAACCCGCCAACUCGUACCAGGGCAAGUGGGACACCUCGCACAACGGUCCUGCUCCCAACGGAUACGUGCCCAACUCGUCCGUCUGCGGCAUUCCCAAGUCGUACUCCAGGCGAGCCCUUCGUCCCGACCGCAGAAGUGACCCGGAGACUCGCGAUGCUUGA